AUGGGUAAGAAAGACACUAAGCCAAAGUUCACCACUGUUGUUACCAAGCAAGGUGAAUCAUUGAAAGUAUUUGAGGACAUGGAAACUUUCGAAAGAUUCAUCAAGGACAGUGAAGAAGAUGACAAUUUCAACAAUGUCCAUUGUCAGAUUCAUUACUAUCCACCAUUCGUGAUGCAUGCUUCUCACGAUAAUGAAGAAAAAGUUAAGGACACUGAUAAUUCGCAUAACAAAAAGUUUGUAAGACAUGUUCAUCAACAUGUGGAGAAGCAUUUGUUGAAGGAAAUCAAGGAUGCUUUAGACAUGCCAGAUUUGAAGUUCCAUGACAAGAACAAGGAGGAAACUUUUGAACACGUCAGGUGGCAUUAUGGUGAAACUGCCGAACACAAGGACAAGAAGUUCAAGAUUGACAUUAAUGUUACUUGUCUACACGAUACUGCCAUGGUUGAUGUUGAUUAUGCCACGACCCCAAUCGUUUAA